GAGCGCACGAAACCUAGGGUUUGACGAGGCGAAAGUGGCGGCGGCGACACGUUGUCUCCGGCAAUGACAACGAACGGUGACGCAGUGCCUCCGGUGACCACAACGGCUUCCUUCUCUCUGAUCGCCUUCUUUGCAGGUCGAGUGGAAGAGGACGAAUUACCUCCGUCGUGGGAUCUAGUUAAGACACAAGUUCAUCGUCUAGAUAAGCGACAUAAGCAACAACAUCGAAAAAAUCAAGUCAAAAAUUCAGGUUCUCCGAAGUUCGUGGCUCCGUCCAAGAAGUUGUCACCAAAAGCUUGUAGUACAAAAAGGAAAGGGGCAUCUCCAAAAGGUUGUACCUCAAAAAGGAAAGGGGCAUCUCCAAAAGCAAGAGCAUCAUGGACUUUUGAACAAGAGAAGACUCUAGUUGAGUUGUUUCAUGAGCAUAACAACCCAUCAUUUAGGGGAGACAAUGGAUGGUCUACUGAAGCAUGGAACAAGAUAACAAGAGAAAUGAACGAGAAGCAUCCAUAUGCUUUAUUCACAAAGUUGCAAAUACAAAAUAAGGAAAAGGAUAUCAAAAGGGUCUAUGGCUUCCUCAAAGAAGCAAGGAUGCAAAGAGGAAUCUCAUGGGAUGACUCAAGGAAGAUGGUGGUGGCUGAACCUGCAUUGUGGGAAAAUAUUCUCAUGGACAAACAACUGAAGGAACUUUCAACUUCACAUCAUCUGAACCUUCUCAACAUCCUAUUCUUACUCAAGUUGAUAAUGUCGAUGAGCCUUUCGAAAAGUGAGAGCACAUUUCUGGAUAUUGAAGAGAGAGUGGAUGAUGAUGACAACGGCGAUGAGAUAAGCAUCUCUACCCAGCAACCAGAAAAAACGGUUGGAAAAGAUCCUAUGGAGGUUCAAGGUACUGUGGGGAAGCGAGUGGAGAAGGAGCCAAAGAAACGCAAGAAAGCUGAUGUUGCAGGGAUGAUGGAGAGCUAUAUUGCCAUGAAGACCAAGCAAGCUGAAGAGGAAGCUGUAGCAAGGGAGAGAGCCAAGGCUGAUGUAGAUGAGUUUUCAAUCAAGAAAUGCAUCGCUGUGGAGAACGAAAUUGAAGAGCUAACCACUGAAGAAAAAGUAGAUGACUUUGAUGUUCUCAUGAAUGAACAAAAGAAAGAGAUUUUCCUCAGCGUUGAUCCAUCAAGUCGCAUCAUGUGGUUAAGGAGGCAGUUGGCUAGACUAGCUUGAGUCGGGUAUACUAUAAUAUCUUGCAUCUAGCAGUGGCACAUGAUUUAAUUUCUCUGCUUGCUUACUUAGGCUCUAGCAGUCUAGUCGUAACACAAAGUUUUGAACUUUUUAUUCAGCAAACCUGAAGCUUCAGCUAGUCUUCUAUUUUUCUGCUAGCUAAGCUGCUAAGUGCUAACAAACAGUACACGGCAGCGUGUUCUAGGAUAUCGAAUGGGGUUGUUGUUUAUUGAGUUGUGCUCUUCUUGCUCACUAAUAUGAGAUGCUAAGUUUGCCAUUAAGAAGAAUGAUCUGCUACCA